UAAAUCAUUCUCGGUAAUUCCUGAAAUGGUGCGAGGCUGUUGGAGGCCCGGGCCACACUGUAAAUCUUUCCUGUUUAUUACCCAUGAACAUAUGCUGCGACGCUAGUAGUCCUCUAUCCUUUCCUCAGUACAAGUUACCUCUCGGCCAGCUUCCCCGCUGUCUUUUAUAGCUUUUAAAUCUCCGUCUUCCAAUAGAUUUUUGAGCUUACAAAUUGUUAUUUAAAGAUGUUUUUCUAUUUACAUCGAAAACAGUGUGUGAAAAAGAAAAUACUAUUGAACACCAUGAUAGCGGAGCAGACACACAACAGACAAAAGGGUUUCCAAAUUGGUUUAUUUCAAUACAAUUCCAGACGCCUUUUCUCAUACAUCAAUAUUGGUUCAUGGAUUUCAUAACAUUAUAAAAAAAAUGCACAUCUUACUUAACCUAGUAUCACAUUGUAGAUGUACAAUUAACGUUGAUUUAUUUUUUAAAUUGUGAAAACAAUAUGGUUAUAGUUUCAAGUAUACCAAUCAUGAAUCUAUGGACAAAUCCAAAUGUGCAAUGUGUAUAGGAAAUUCUGUUCACAACCCCAUUUGAAUAGGAUUCUCAAAACGACAUGUAUUAGGGUUAGAGGCUUUUGUAAUCAGGUUAACAAAUACAUUUAAUCAAAAUGUAUAGCUUAAUAUUAUAUCUUAAAGAUGACUAAAUAAUCACAAUAAUAUUUCUUGCAAAGGAAAGAAGAAGAAGAAAAAUGAUCGACAAAAAUGAAAUGAAAUCGCAAAGGAAGUAUUUUCAACAUGGACAUGGUCAGAUAAGGAAAUGUAAACGCGUUCCCAUUUCAAAAUGGGUUUGGGAGCAAAGGCUUGGUUGAAGAAGCGCCCCCAGUCAGAACAAUCUGGUAGCUCGAUCACGUGAACAAAUAUGCUUGUAUUUUAAGACAGUACCUUUAUUUGUCAUCAUAAAUGUUUCUGAAACACACAAAAACAACAACAACAACAACAAAAAAAAACAAUGUUAGCUUCAAAUCUGUGACUGUGUCUGAAAAACCUGUAUUUUUCAAAAGGAGAUUGAUUGGCCGAGAUUUUUUUUGGGAUGGAAUAAGGACACGUUUUUUUAUUGGUAGUUGAAUGUGAGUCUUUCCAUUCUUUCGGGAAUACUGUCUGCAUUGGUAUAUGGAAAUGUCUGAAAAACCGCAAGAUCAGGUUUAGGACAAUAUUAUCUACAGACAAAGAGUGAAGGAUACAUUCUAGAGACUGCAGGGAAAGGAAUUGAGACUAAGAAGCACGAGCGUGUGAUACACUGAUUCACAGGUCAUGGUGGAUGGAAUGAUGAGCACGUGAAGAAAAACACAACACCGAUCUGCAUAAAAUACGGUCAAAGAAUACUGAGGCGGUGGGAAACUCCAAUCACGUGAUAGAAGAACACCCAUACCAUUGGAUAGGGCUGCAUUGGCCUUCUUGUUUUGAAUCGUCACAAUGCAGAAAGCUACUUUCUACGAUAAUUCUGGAGUCUUUGGAAGCUACUCUUACCCCAAAUCCGAGUCGUAUAGUUAUGGCCCCAGUCACCAGCCCUACUCCACUUCUAACCUUGAGAGUGAUUAUCAGGGUCCAGUUUGUCCAAUACAAACCCCAACUGUACGGCCACCAACUCAUAAAGACAAUACCAUGAAUGGCAACAACACGAGAUCCAGUAGCAGCCAAGGAAACAGCCAACAGCCGAGUAUUGGUGAACAGCCGCAUGCACCUCCACUGUCGGCCUCUUCGCCUAACUCCAGCAACACUUCAUCUCAGAAGAAGAAAUCUCCUUCAAACAAUGAUUCUAAUACUGCCACCCCAGUCACUAACAAACAAAUAUUCCCAUGGAUGAAGGAGACGCGAUCGAACGCCAAACCGAAAAGCAACAGCAGCAACAACAACAAUUGCGCAACCGCAGAAGGUGAGUCCUGCGAUGAAAAAAGCCCACCUGGUCCAGCCUCCAAACGGGUCCGAACUGCUUACACCAGUGCACAACUUGUAGAACUUGAGAAGGAGUUCCAUUUCAACCGGUACCUGUGUCGUCCCCGAAGAGUGGAGAUGGCUAAUUUAUUGAAUCUCACUGAGCGCCAAAUAAAGAUCUGGUUUCAAAACAGAAGGAUGAAGUACAAAAAGGAUCAGAAGGCUAAGGGGAUAAUGCACUCUCCCAUCGGACACUCCCCGGACAGAAGCCCACCAUUAAGUGGCCCAAAUCACAUCGGAUAUUCUGUCAAUAUAAACUGUAUCAGCUAUGACGCGCCGUCGCCCCCUUCAUUCUCCAAACCCCAGCAAAACAUGUACGGCUUGGCAGCUUACACGGCACCAUUAGGUGGCUGUAUACCGCAACAGAAAAGGUAUCCGGGCUCUGAAUACGAGCACCACAGCAUGCAAGGCAAUGGUGGCUUUGCCAACGCUAAUUUGCAAGGCAGUCCGGUGUACGUUGGGGGGAAUUUCGUUGAUUCCAUGCCAGCCUCGGGUCCCAUGUUCAACCUCGGCCAUCUCCCCCAUCCCUCAUCCGCCAGCGUGGACUACAGCUGUGCCGCUCAGAUUCCAGGCAACCACCACCAUGGACCCUGUGACCCCCAUCCCACAUAUACAGACCUCAGCUCUCACCACGCGUCUCAGGGAAGGAUUCAGGAAGCGCCUAAACUAACGCAUUUGUAAAAUGUGAGGAUUUUGUCUGUGUGCCCAAAUUCUGUUAGGCUCUUUUAUUAUCUCAGUAGUCUCAAGUCAUUUAUAUGAUUACACUAAAAGUGAGCCAUGUAUUACCCAGUGUUAUUAUUGAUAUUACUAUUAAUGCUAUUGUGUAAUGAUUCCUUUCUACGAAUAGCUCUGGUCCAUUUUUCUUGACUGUUGAGGAUGCGUAGGAGAGACCGUUUGUCUGUUGAGGAUGCGCAGGAGAGACCGUUUGUCUGUUGAGGAUGCGCAGGAGAGACCGUUUGUCUGUUGAGGAUGCGUAGGAGAGACCGUUUGUCUGUUGAGGAUGCGCAGGAGAGACCGUUUGUCUGUUGAGGAUGCGCAGGAGAGACCGUUUGUCUGUUGAGGAUGCGCAGGAGAGACCGUUUGUCUGUUGAGGAUGCGCAGGAGAGACCGUUUGUCUGUUGAGGAUGCGCAGGAGAGACCGUUUGUCUGUUGAGGAUGCGCAGGAGAGACCGUUUGUCUGUUGAGGAUGCGCAGGAGAGACCGUUUGUCUGUUGAGGAUGCGCAGUAGAGACCGUUUGUCUGUUGAGGAUGCGCAGGAGAGACCGUUUGUCUGUUGUUCGUUUUCUGAAGUGCAAUGCGCAGUAUGGGGACUGAAAACGUCAUUAACAUUACUUGAAGGUAAGUCCUGUAGAUCUGACAGUAGUUACCCAUCUUUAUAUGGAUGGUUUUUUAUAAAAAAUUAACUCCAAGGUGUCUGUUUGCUAUAUUUGAAGCGUCUUAUUUAUUUUUCCAAGAUUGUAUUGCAUUUAUCUAAUUUUCUGUAUGUAUUAUUUAAGGUUUUUGUAUCACAUAUUAUUUAUAAUUUACAAGUAUGACUAUUUAUAUGGACAUUUAGAAUUUAUGCAACAUCGUUGGACAGACUUUGACAUCAUGGCCCUUCAAUAGGUACACGGGUUUUUUGUGAAUGCUUGCUUUAAAAUAUUGCUUCAACGGCUGGUGGUCUUUGUUUGUUGUAGAAGGAACUCCUACGUGUAAAUCUGGGAAUAUUGGGGAAUUUUUCACGUGUCUAUGAAAAACAAAGUUAGGCUACAUGUAGCCUAUCGAAAUACCGAAUAUUACAGAAAUAAAUAACACCAGUAUGCCAUUUGUUGUCAUUGCCAAUUUUCAUAUCACGUCAUUGUCAUUUCAUCAGUUGGACUGUCCAUGCAUACAUUUAUGAAACGCUAAUGAUAUGAAAAUGUUAUAUUUUAAUGUGUUUAACAUUUUGUAAAUAAAGUGCUUAAAUUUA